AAGUUCAAACCACACAAAAACGGCUGGCACUGUGAGAGAGUGUUAGAUCAUCAGCUCUCUCUCUCCCUUUCACUCCUAAAAAGCCAGCUUCUUUAGGAGGGAAGGGACAGAACAAAUGGAGAACAACAACGUUCAAAUAAUCCCAAGAUUUGCUUUACCUAGCAAUUCUCUUCUUCUUCUUCUUCCUCUUUUGAUUCAUAUCUUCACUGCUGUUUUCACUACAACUGCAACUACAGUUUCAGCUUUCGACUACGCUGAUGCUUUAACCAAGAGUCUUCUCUAUUUCGAAUCUCAGCGUUCUGGUCGGUUACCGUACAACCAACGUGUCACUUGGCGCGAUCAUUCCGGCCUCACUGACGGCUUAGAACAAGGAGUAGAUUUGGUUGGAGGGUAUUAUGAUGCUGGCGACCAUGUAAAAUUUGGGCUGCCGAUGGCCUUCACAGUGACAAUGCUUUCGUGGAGUGUCAUUGAAUUCCGAGACCAGAUCACUGAAGCCGGCGAAUUGGAGCAUGCAUUAGAGGCAAUCAAAUGGGGCACAGAUUAUUUCAUUAAGGCACACACUAGUCCAAAUCUGCUAUGGGCUGAGGUGGGUGAUGGAGACACCGAUCACUAUUGCUGGCAACGCCCGGAGGACAUGACAACAUCACGACACGCUUACAAGAUCGACGAGAACAAUCCCGGGUCGGAUCUCGCCGGAGAAACGGCUGCCGCCAUGGCUGCUGCUUCAAUAGUCUUCAAGAAAACAAACCCAUAUUACUCACACCUACUCUUGCACCAUGCCCAGCAGUUGUUCGAAUUUGGUGAUAAAUAUAGAGGAAGAUAUGAUGCAAGUGUGGGUGUGGUGAAGAGCUACUAUGCGUCGGUGAGUGGGUACAUGGAUGAGUUGUUGUGGGGGGCAAUGUGGCUGUACAAAGCCACCGACAGUGACAAUUACUUGGACUACGUAAUCAACAAGGCUCAUCGCUUUGGUGGGAUUGGUUGGGCAAUUACAGAGUUCAGUUGGGAUGUUAAGUACGCUGGCCUUCAACUUAUGGCCUCAAAGUUACUGGCGGAGGAAAAGCAAAAGAAACACAGUCACAUACUUGAGCAGUACCGAUCCAAGGCUGAGUACUACUUAUGUUCAUGCCUCAACAAGAACAAUGGCAGCAAUAUUGACCGGACCCCCGGAGGUCUCUUAUAUAUUCGGCAAUGGAACAACAUGCAGUAUGUUUCAACGGCGGCGUUUCUUCUCACUAUAUACUCAGAUUUUCUCGUUGACUCAAAUCAAAAGCUGAUUUGCCCUGGAGGAACAGUGGAUCAUGAAGAGAUCUUAAGUUUCGCCAAAUUUCAAGUAGAUUACAUCUUGGGGUCUAACCCAAUGAACAUGAGCUACUUAGUGGGUUAUGGGUCCAAAUAUCCCACAAGGGUGCACCAUAGAGGAGCCUCCAUUGUGUCAUACAGAGAGAAUAAGGGGUUCAUUGGGUGCACCCAGGGCUACGAUAAUUGGUACAGCCGGCCGGAGCCUAACCCCAAUGUUCUAGUUGGGGCAUUGGUGGGAGGACCCGAUUGUCAAGAUGAUUUCGUGGACCAAAGAGAUAAUUAUAUGCAGACCGAGGCCUGCACAUACAAUACAGCACCAUUGGUGGGAGUUUUUGCUAAGUUGUCACAAUUAGAGCACCAAAAUCCUCCGCAAACUUUGCUCGCUUCUUAUUAGUAAUAAGAAAUUUAUACUAUAAUAUUACAUGGGGAAUAUAGAUAAAGCAUUGAAUUUUGUAAAGGGUUUUUGUUUUGUCUUUUUUAUUUACUGUUUCUAUGGCUGAACUAAAGUGUUCAAGCCUCUAUUUGUAUUGUUUUUUUUUUUUUAUAUGUUAUCUUUCUCGAGUGUUAAUAGUGCAAAGCUCACAACUGUGGCUUAUUCUCUUUGUUUUUCUAUCA